ACGUUCCACCAGGUUGAAGCAGGUGCUUGCCGUUGCUGAGAUCCAAUGGCGGCGGCGGCGGCGCUGGGCGAGCCGAGCGUUGAGUUGAAUGAGUUCUCGCCACAGUUGAAGUGAGGCAGCCGUCACCGCGGGACGCAGCCCGUGGCGCCGCGGGGGAAAGACAGCAGCAGACACUGGAACGCGCAGGCGGCCGCCACGCAUGUGCUAGCGUCACGGCUAGCCGUGCCAUGUCAUGACGCCGCCGGAGGUUGCCUCCACAACUGUCCGCUGUUACUUCGAGACGCACCCUCUUUUCUCACCACACCGGUGCGUGACCGAAACCUUAUUUUUCUGGAGGUGUUCGGCUCCAUUUGUAUCGUCAUAGAAAGCAAACCCGUGGAUACAUUUGUGCUUUUUUUUUUUUUUUUUUUUUUUUUUUUUUUUUUGAACCGGGAUGGCCGAGAGAACCUCUGCCGGACUGUUGACCGUGACGCUGGAGCCCACGCCGGCUGUCGCCAUGACCCUGCCGGAGGAGGUCCGGGCCAAGUUGGCAGAGCUGGAGUUGGAGCUCUCGGAAGGGGACAUCACUCAGAAGGGCUAUGAGAAGAAAAGAAGCAAACUGUUGGCACCGUUCAUCCCACAGAUACAAGGUGUAGAUCCCUCUCUACAGAUUGACAGCCGGAUCCAGCCCUCCUCCCAGGCUGUUCUCUCAGCAUCCAAACAAAACAAAUCUCGGGCAGCCAACACCAGGGAUGAACGCUUCCGCUCUGAUCUGCACACAGAAGCCGUCCAAGCAGCUUUGGCCAAAUACAAAGAAAGGAAGAUGCCCAUGCCGUCCAAGAGACGAUCCGUGCUAGUCCAGUCCUCUGUUGAGGCAUGCACCCCGCCUGACACCUCCUCGGCAUCUGAAGACGAGGGCUCGCUGCGGCGAAAGGGACGUCUGGCCAACUCCACGCCUAGCCAGAGCCACAGCCACCCGGCCGUUGAGCACUGGUUUAACCGGGUCAUCCAGGGUUCGUCCACCUCAUCUUCCGCUUCGUCCACCUCGUCCCACCCUGGAGGGAGGUCUGCCACAACCAGCACCAACGCCAAUAGCACGGCUCUCAACGCCAACACCAAAGCUACUGCACUGGCUGACCUUAUGGCACACACUCACUUAGAUAACCACAUAGCUCCCCCAGACGUGACAGGCCUCUCGGGGUGCUCGUCGCUGCAUGCGGAGCAGUCCCACGUUGCUUCGGUGCGAGGCGUGUCCCGUGGCUACAACCACCACACCAGCAUCAUGGAGACGGCAGAUGGCUGUGAAUGGAGAGGUGAGGGAUCCCUCAUUUUGAUGAAUGGUGUUCCAGUCAACAGCCGCGUCUCCUCCAAAAUCCAGCAGCUGCUCAACACACUGAAAAGACCGAAGCGACCACCAUUACGAGAAUUCUUUGUGGACGACUUCGAGGAGCUCAUGGAUGUCCAGCAACCCAAUCCAAACCAGCCAAAGCCAGAAGGCCAGCCGAUGUGUCCCCUUGAGGGAGAUCCUCUCGGAGUGGUCACCAACUGGCCUCCCUCAUUGACAGCAGCCUUGCAACGUUGGGGGACCACACAGCCCAAGAGCCCUUGUCUGACAGCACUUGAUAACGCCGGCAAGCCUGUCUACACUCUCACCUAUGGUAAACUAUGGACCCGCAGCCAGAAACUUGCCUACACACUUCUCAACAAGCUGAGCACGAGGAAUGAACCUUUGCUUAUGCCUGGAGAUAGGGUUGCACUUGUGUUCCCUAACAACGACCCUGUGAUGUUCAUGGUGGCUUUCUAUGGCUGUCUGCUGGCAGAACUGGUGCCUGUACCCAUUGAAGUGCCGCUGACCAGAAAGGAUGCUGGAAGUCAACAAAUUGGCUUUCUGCUUGGCAGCUGCGGGGUGACGUUGGCUCUUACCACUGACGCUUGUCAGAAAGGUUUACCCAAAGCGCAAACGGGUGAGGUAGCCACAUUCAAAGGCUGGCCCCGGUUGCUGUGGUUUGUGACAGAUGGAAAACAUGUUGUAAAGCCUCCCAAAGACUGGCAUCCUCCAAUACGUGAAGCAAGCAAUGACAUAGCCUACAUAGAAUAUAAAACCAGCAAGGAGGGAAGCACCAUGGGGAUCACAGUGAGCCAUUCAGCAAUGCUCGCUCACUGUCACGCUCUCACACAAGCCUGCAGUUACACUGAAGCUGAGACCAUAACCAAUGUGUUGGACUUCAAGAGAGAAGCUGGUUUAUGGCAUGGCGUUCUCACUAGCGUCAUGAAUAGGAUGCAUGUGAUCAGCAUUCCUUACUCCUUAAUGAAAGUCAACCCUCUCUCGUGGAUACAGAAGGUUCAUGCAUACAAAGCACGGGUGGCCGUGGUGAAGUCCAGGGACAUGCACUGGUCUCUGCUGGCUCAAAGAGACCAGAGAGACAUCAGCUUGAGCUCACUGCGGAUGCUGAUUGUAGCCGAUGGAGCCAACCCAUGGUCAAUAUCUUCCUGCGAUGCCUUUCUCAACGUGUUCCAGGCACGUGGGCUACGACCUGAGGUGAUCUGUCCAUGUGCCAGCUCUUCCGAAGCCAUGACUGUCGCCAUCCGCAGACCUCCAGAAUUGGGUGUCCCUUCACCGGGCAAGGCAGUCCUGUCAAUGGGUGGGCUGAGCCACAGCGUGAUCCGCGUGGACACUGAAGAGAAGCUCUCUGUCCUCACCGUGCAGGACGUGGGACAGGUCAUGCCCGGAGCUUUGGUGUGUGUGGUGCGAGCGGAGGGAACGCCGUACCUCUGUCAGACAGAUGAGGUGGGAGAAAUCUGCGUGAACUCGAAGUGCACGGGUGCAGCCUAUUACGGCCUCCAGGGCAUGACCAAGAACAUAUUUGAGACCACCCCAAUCACGUCGGCUGGAAUUCCAGUCACUGACCGAACCUUCACCAGAACCUCACUGCUGGGUUUUGUGGGACCAGACAACCUCGUGUUCGUCGUAGGGAAGAUGGAUGGAUUGAUGGUGGUCAGUGGGCGGAGGCACAACGCUGACGACGUGGUUGCCACGGCGCUUGCAGUGGAGCCCAUGAAGUUUGUUUACAGGGGAAGGAUAGCUGUGUUUUCAGUCUCGGUGCUGCACGACGAGAGGAUUGUCGUGGUGGCGGAGCAGAGACCAGACGCCUCUGAGGAAGACAGCUUCCAGUGGAUGAGCCGCGUCCUUCAGGCCAUAGACAGCAUCCACCAAGUGGGUGUGUACUGCUUGGCCCUGGUGCCUGCCAACACGCUUCCCAAGGCUCCCCUGGGUGGCAUCCACAUAUCAGAGACCAAACAGCGCUUCCUGGAGGGCUCCUUGCAUCCCUGCAACGUCCUAAUGUGCCCUCACACGUGCGUCACCAACCUGCCCAAGCCGAGGCAAAAGCAGCCGGAGGUCGGCCCUGCUUCUAUGAUCGUAGGCAACCUGGUGGCAGGCAAGAGGAUAGCGCAGGCCUGUGGGAGAGACGUGACCCAGUUGGAAGACAAUGAGCAGUUCCUCUACAUUCAAGAUGUUCUACAGUGGAGAGCACAGGUCACUCCUGAUCAUCCCCUGUUCCUUGUUCUCAAUGCCAAGGGCACGGUGGCGAGUGCGGCGUCCUGUCUGCAGCUCCACAAGCGGGCUGAGCGCGUGGCUGCGGCUCUGAUGGGACGCCUCAACACUGGGGACCACGUCGCACUUGUCUACACACCAGGAAUCGACCUGAUUGCCACUUUCUAUGGCUGCUUGUAUGCUGGCUGUGUCCCGGUAACAGUCAGACCUCCACACCCACAGAACCUGGCCACCACCCUUCCCACCGUCAAGAUGAUUGUUGAGGUCAGUAAGUCAGUGUGCAUCCUGACCACACAAGCAAUAAUGAAGCUGCUGAAAUCCAAAGAGGCCGCCGCUGCAGUGGACGUCAAGAGCUGGCCAAUGGUGCUGGACACAGAUGACCUCCCCAGAAAGAAAAGUCCUCAGAUCUACAAGCCCCCAACCCCGGAGAUGUUGGCUUACUUGGACUUUAGCGUUUCCACCACAGGCAUCCUGGCAGGAGUCAAGAUGUCCCACGCGGCCACCGGUGCCUUGUGUCGCUCCAUCAAACUGCAAUGUGAGCUCUACCCUUCUCGCCAGAUCGCCAUCUGUCUGGACCCAUACUGCGGCCUGGGCUUCGCUCUCUGGUGCCUGUGCAGUGUGUACUCUGGCCACCAAUCCAUCUUAGUUCCCCCUCUGGAGCUGGAAAGCAACGUGUCCGUGUGGCUGGCCGCAGUCAGUCAGUAUAAAGUGCGCGUCACCUUCUGCUCCUACUCAGUCAUGGAAAUGUGCACCAAAGGCCUGGGCUCACAGACGGAAGCACUACGGCUGCGGAACGUCAACUUGUCGUGUGUGCGCACGUGCAUGGUGGUAGCAGAGGAGAGGCCUCGCAUCGCGCUCACGCAGUCCUUCUCCAAGAUCUUCAAGGACCUGGGGCUUUCGGCGCGCGCCGUCAGCACCACCUUCGGUUGCAGGGUGAAUGUGGCCAUAUGUUUGCAGCCCAACAGGUUAGGCAAACUGGUCGAGCAGGGCACAGCGGGACCGGACCCCACGACGGUUUACGUGGACAUGAGGGCUCUGCGACACGACAGGGUUCGCCUGGUUGAGAGGGGUUCCCCACACAGUUUACCCCUGAUGGAAUCCGGCAAGAUCCUUCCUGGAGUCAAGGUCAUUAUUGCCAACACAGAGACGAAAGGGCCCUUGGGAGACUCUCAUCUUGGAGAGAUCUGGGUGAGCAGUCCUCACAAUGCGACGGGCUACUACACAGUCUACGGAGAAGAAGCGCUGCACGCAGACCACUUUAACACCAAGCUGAGCUUCGGGGACACGCAAACAGUGUGGGCGAGGACGGGCUACUUGGGCUUCCUGCGACGCACCGAGCUGACCGACGCUCGCGGAGAGCGCCAUGACGCCCUGUACGUGGUGGGCUCUGUCGAUGAGACCCUCGAGCUGAGGGGAAUGCGCUACCACCCAAUCGACAUCGAGACGUCCGUCAUCCGCUCCCAUAAGAGCAUCGCUGAAUGCGCCGUGUUCACUUGGACCAACCUACUUGUGGUGGUGGUGGAGCUGGAGGGCUCCGAGCAAGAGGCCCUGGACCUGGUAGCCCUGGUCACCAACGUGGUGUUGGAGGAGCACUACCUCAUCGUGGGCGUGGUGGUGGUGGUCGACCCCGGCGUCAUUCCCAUCAACUCCCGAGGGGAGAAGCAACGCAUGCACCUGCGAGACGGAUUCCUGGCCGACCAGCUCGACCCCAUAUAUGUGGCGUACAACAUGUGAGGUCUCGACCGCAGGACGUGCCGGGGAUUCCUCGCCUUUCAAAUGCCAAAUGUGUUUUGUCUGCUGUGGGCCAGGAGUGACACCAGUAGCUCUGCCGUGACUCGUCUGUGAUUAUGUCCCCAACCAUCACCAUUACACGUGUUGCAUUAAUUAACAGAGAACUAGGGAGCGGGGGGGCUAUCCACCAGGUACAGUGGAUAUAAAAAGUCUCCACACCCAUGUUCAAAUGCCAGGUUUUGGUGAGAGGAAAUUAAAACCAACUUUUCCACGGUUAAUUUGGCCUGUAGCCUGUGCAACUCAAGGGAAAGUAAAAAUAUCUCCCCGAAAAACACUAUGCUGUUUUGAACUGUAUAGGGAACAUAAUUCCCUCCAUCAUGUCUAAGACCGACCGCAGUUCCAUUUUUCGAUAGUUGUAAAAAAAAAAAGUUAAGAGACAAAUUUUUUUGUAUCACAAAAAUCUGGCAUUAUGAACAGGGGACUUUUAUAUCUACUGAGGUUCUACAGUGCUCAGAAAGUAGAGCUCGGCAUUUCCUUGAUUGUUUUUUGUAACCUGUAAUUAUUAUUAUUUUUUUUUUUUUUGGGGGGGGGCGGGGUGUCGGGGGCGGUAUAUGUCUGGGAAUGUCUAGCUCCUGUUUCCACUGCAGUUUUCAGCAGAAUAAUGCUAAGCAGAGCAGCUCAACUUCGAGUUGUGCCACAGCGGAGGUCUGUUUCAGAGCAGCUCAACUUCCCUUUUGUUCUUCUUCAGGAGACAAACUCGUUGAGACUUUCUCGACAGCGCCUCUGCAGGUUGCAGCCAAGCUGUGCGCUUCCUUUUUGCCUGGCUCGCUUCAAGACACUCAAUUGCACACAAAAUUCUUCGGAAUAUUAUUCCCAUCUCUAUGACAGACGUUCUGGUUCCGCUCAAAUCUUGUGAUAUAGUUUUGUGUGUUCCCUUUUGUAUGUAAACUCAAUGCAAUAUGACUGAUGUAAAGUAUGUGGCUUUGGGAUGACGUGGUGUCCAGACGGCAUGGUGACGGCAAGGACCAUGCCUUGUGUUUUUUUUGGUUUUUGUUAAUUUUUUAAUUUUUUUUUUUUCAAUCCCAGCUCUGCUUGAAUUUCAUUUAGUCCCGUUCGGCAGCUGUCAGAUUCGGAGGACAUAUGCAGAAAGGAAGUACAGGCGGUCCUUGGUUGUACGAUGGACUUGUGUUCCUACGGCGACGUAACCCAAAUCUGUACGUUAGUUGGAAUGCGCCGUAGAAAAAUCAAUAUCCUAAGCUACUGCAUUCGUAAAGUCAUAAUUACACCUGAGAAUCCAACCCCGAACUUCAGAGCUGUGAGGCAUAUAAAACAAAUGAAAAACGGUAAAUACGCCGCAAACUGAGCAGGCCUCCAUUUGCCUCGUAACCAUCUUGUAAUCAUAGUUUGUUGCGAACUUGAAAUUUCCUAUGUCGCCAACCGAGGACCCCCUGAAUAUAGCUCUUGCUCCUAUUGCACACACAGUGCGGAAAAUGUGAACAUACUUGAUCCUCAGCCAUUACAAACGAAACACUCCAUAUAUACACUAUUCGCAAAAAGUUUGGGAUAUUGAGCUUUAGGGUGAAAUUUCAGGAUGAACCUAAAAUGCACUCAGGUGAACUUGAGUUGACCUUUUGAAGGCAAGUGUCCAACUGUUCCAUGUUUCAGUAUUUUUUUUUUUACACAACUUGUUCUCCAUCAAGGAGCUGAAGAUUUCACAGGGUCCAUGUAGUUGAAAAUGUAUUGGUCUCAUUCAUUAUGGUGAAUUUUCUAGUUGUCCAAAACGUACUAAACAAUGACCAGGUAGAUGUCCAUUCAAAAGUUCAGAAAAGGUCAAAUUAAAUUUGUGUAAAGGAUAUAGUGCAUGUUAGGUUCGUCCUGCACUGUUUGCGAGCAGCGUACUUUGUUUGUCCGUAUUGCCAGCUGUGAGAAAUGCGUAUUGUAGAAUGAAAAGCAGUUUAAUGCGCACACACUGUUCACAACCUUUGUUUCCAGUGCCAUAAAGUCGAGUGAUUCACGAUGCAUGUGCCUCCCCAUAAAGGAUUCCCAUGACUUUGUUGCUUCUUUGCCUCAGAAACAGGCCUUGAGCAUGCUGCAAGGAUGUACAGGUUUGACGUAAACGACUAAUCGACGCAGGGAGAUGUAACAAGACUGAAGGAAUCUUCUAAAUAUGUGAAAAGUGUCCCUCGCAAACAAUCUGAGACGGACUCAAGAUUGCGAGGAAAGGAUACAAAGUGUUACUUUUUAUAGGACGAAUGAACAGGAAGCAAAGUAGCAGAGGACCGUUCUGCUCAAGUGACUGCAAGGAUGUCACGACGUGUUGUAUAACGUGGAAAUACAUUUUGUCUGAUAUACGGUAAGGUGUCAUUAUUUUCAUAACACAAUUUCUUAAUGAAUAAAAACGAUUUUAACUUAA